AGCUGGUGGAACCGAGGUUGCAAUCAGAGAAUCAUAAAAGUUGGAAGAGGCCCUUGGCGCCAUCCAGUUCCACCCAGUACUGUAUUUUGCUCAGUGCAAAAAUACACAGUGAAGCCUCUCUUGAAAUAGUUGGAAUAGGGAGGAAGACUGCAGACUCCUACGUCGGGCAACGCCGAUUCAACUCGAAGCACGCGGAGCUCCUGACCACGAAGCGAUCGGGAAGAAUUCUUGGGCGAGGCAGCCUCCUCGCUGCCUUUUCCGCUUGCUGCGAGCCUGCCAGGCCGGGACAGCCUGGCAUCGCCCCGCCCCGCCAGGAAGCAGCUGUGCCGGGCGUCAGGAGACGGCUCGGGCGACUGUGAGCGUUGUUGCCUGGAGGUCCGGGGGCAGGCUGAGCUGAGGUAAAAAGAGCCGGUCGCAGCACUGGCUUCCUUGGGGGAACGGCUCGUGUGGACUCUCGGGACGCGCGUUAUGCAGAAGCGGUUUCCUUGAGUUCAGGAGGGCGCGCCCCUGGAUGGGCGAGCAGAGGCGUGCGCCCUCGCACAUCCCUGAAAUCUCGGUAGGAGCAGCGGUGGCUGGCCGCGCAUUGCUCACCUGAACCACUCGCACGUCUUCUUACGGCAUCUACUCUCUUGGGCUUGGCGCCACUGAGGCAUAGCAGGUGACGCCGGAGCGGCCAAAGAGAUGUGCAGUCACGCGGUGUGAGAAAAAAGACGAGGACUCGAGUUGUUCUGCUUUGCUUUAUAGCCUGACUUUUCUCCGGGAGCUUCCCCCCAACAGCAACCCUGAGAGUAUUCUAUCAUCCUGCUGUUCAAGGAAACAUGAAAUCAGCUAAUGAGGACAGAGAGGGUCUUGUACCUGGGUCAUCAAACAUGUUACCAGAGGAAAAAAUUAAAGAUGCUGGGAGUAGCAGUGAUUAUGUCAUCAGAGAUGUAUCUCCUUGCCCUGAGGACUGGGAAAAUGCUGAUCUGAAACCUGGCCAAGAAACCCCUAAGAAAAAACUAUGUGGCUAUUUAUAUAAAUGUUCUCCUAAAGCAUCAAUCAGGACCUGGAAGUCACGCUGGUUUUCCUAUGAUGAAAAUAAGUGCCACUUACUUUACUACAGGACAGCACAAGAUAUUAACCCUUUGGGAAGCAUAGAGAUUUCUAUUGCGAGUUUUGAUCUUAAAGUGGGAGCUGAUGAAGGUAUUUUUGAAAUCAGGACUCCCAUCAAAGACUUUAUUCUUAAGGCUAUUAACAAACAAGCCAUGAUGUAUUGGCUACAACAGUUGCAGCUGAAACGCUGGGAAUUCUGUAAUAAUCAGGCUAAGGGUUUUGUUGAAGCCGUGUCAUCCUUUCCUUCCAUAGAUGAGGCCCAGUGGAGCAACACUGAGGCAGAACACGAUUUUUUACCCCUUGUGAAAACUCCCACAGAUGAUGUAGUUGGCAUAAAGGCAGCUUCUCUACCAGCACCAUCGACUUCUAUCGCUCUGCAGAACAUCUCUCUCAAGCAUCCUUGGAUUGAAAUACAAAACACAGUGCAUAACUUAUGUGGCAGCCGCCAGAACCGAAGAGACAGUAGUGGUAAUUUUGUGGGGAAUCAGGAUAAUCUUGAAAAUAUUGCUGAUGAAGAGCACCUAAGAGGAGAAACUGAGGAUACAGUCAUGGCAGAGAUGCAGAAGGACACAAAAAUGAGGCUAAAGCCACCAACACUCCGAAAAUUCAAAAAAGCAAAUAGCAGCUUCCGUUAUUUUGUUGAAGGAGCAGAACAGGAGAAAAUAGCUUCUCUUCAGCACCAAGUUUUGAUCCUUACAGAGGAAGUAAAAUCUCAGAAGGAACUGGUUAAACUUCUCCACAAAGCUCUGGAGGCAGCCCAGCAAGAGAAACGAGAGUCCUGCAAGUAUCUGGUCACAGCGACGGAAGAAGAUAGGCUGGAAUUGCUGCGGCACAAAGUGAGGCAGAUUGCUGAGCUGAACAAACAGGUUCAAGUGCUGGAAAUGGAAAAGAAAGAACUGGAGCAGGAGGUUGCUUUGAAGGAGGAACACAUCAAGGAGCUGAGAGAACACGUGCAGAUCUUGAUGGACAAAAACCAAGCCAAGCAACAAGUCAUUCUCAAGCUGACAGAGCAGCUCACUAGAGAGAUGCAUGACCCCGUUACUGAGGCAGACAGUAUCACAGCUGAGACCUUGUACAAGCAGCAGGAAGAGAUUGAACAUCUAAAGGAUGAUCUUGAGGCAUACAAGACUCAGAACCAAUUUUUGAACUCUGAAGUCCACCAGGUUACCAAAAUAUGGAGCACAGUGGCACAGAGAGAAAAAACCCUUCUGAUGAAGUGUGCCCAUCUUCAAGCCCACAACUGCCAGAUUGAAAGCAAGUACCUGAUGUUUCUCCGGACGCUACAAAGCCUGCCGGAUUUGGCUAAAGAGCACAUGGCACUGGUGAAAGGACUCAUUGAAGAGGCGCUGCAGUGGGAUAUGAAGGAAGAAACCGUGAUUCCUAUUCAGCUCAGCCCAGUCAAUCAAUAUGAUGAUUAUGGGUUUAUGACAGUUCCUGAAUAUGAAGCUGCAGACUGGAAGCUCUUGUCCAAAAUCCAAGCCCUGGAGAUCAAAUGCAGUAAUCUGAACAAGGAGACCACAGAGAAAUCUCUCUCUGAGCGAUGGAAUAACCUUGGAGAACUGACUCCCUCCUCGGAGCUAAAAAGCUUAUUGCGCUGUGGUGUCCCAAUGGCGCAUCGCCAGAGGGUAUGGAAGUGGAUUAUCAGCCAUCGGGUUAAGCAAAUGCGUUCUGCUGGCCAUUACCACAAUUUACUCAAGAAGUGUGAAGUUGCUGAGCAUCCAGCUUCCCAGCAAAUUGAACUGGAUCUGCAUCGCACACUGCCCAACAAUAGACAUUUUAUGUCACCAACUUCCCAGUUUAUUCCCAAACUCAGGAGAGUUUUACUUGCAUUCUCUUGGCAAAAUCCAACCAUCGGCUAUUGCCAAGGAUUGAACAGACUAGCUGCCAUUGCCUUGUUGAUUCUAGAAGAGGAAGAAGAAGCUUUCUGGUGCCUAGUUCAUAUCACCAAGAAUUUAAUGCCUCAAGAUUACUACAGCAACACAUUAAUAGGCUCACAAGUAGAUCAAAGGGUCUUCAAAGAUAUCUUGUCGGAGAAGCUUCCCAGGCUGACAGCUCACUUGGAGCAGCUUCAAAUUGACCUGUCCUUAGUGACCUUCAACUGGUUCCUGGUGGUUUUUGUUGAUAGUCUUGUCAGUGACCUUCUCUUCAGAGUUUGGGAUGCUUUCCUCUAUGAAGGGGCAAAGGUGAUAUUCCGUUACGCUCUCGCAAUUUUUAAAUAUAAUGAAGAAGCAAUAUUGAAGAUUCAGGACAAUCUGGAAUUUUAUCAGUAUCUUCGCUUUUUCACCAAAACUAUCUGUGAUGGCAGGAAGCUGAUGAGCAUCGCCUUCAGUGAUAUGAAUCCAUUUCCCAUGAAGUUGCUUCAGAAUCGACGUGGAGUGCACAGGUUGGAAGUGGAGGCUGAGCUGAGAGAACUGGAGCAGCUGAAAGCCCAGUAUGUGAGGGAACAGGCUGAACACGCCGCCAGUCAUCUAGAUGGGGCCGCGAGUGAGGAUGAAGAAGAGAUAUAACUCUCAUUUCCUCUCUGGUCAUCUCUAAACGUUGCCUUUGUUUGAAACACAAAAGCUACAGUUGUCUAUGAGCAUAACACUUGGCAUCUGGCUGCAAUGAGUGCAGGUGCACAGGAUGGUUUACAGGUCCACUGCAAAUGAGGAUAUACCAUGCCUUAUUUUCAUUAUGUCUUUCUGGAUUUUUUGUAGCACAGUUUUGCCUGGAUCACAUUCCACUAGAGUUCCCUGCUACCCUGUCCUUUUUUCUCUGGGGUACUGAGAUGUCAGCUGGGAGAGCCAUCCCUUUUCUUCACAUCUAGCAUGCUCAUUUUACUGAGGUUUUUUUUAAUUGAAGAGAUAUUUGCUGAGUGCAUACAAAAUCCCUGUUUGAAAUCUAGUGGAGCACCAGUGCGAAACAGUGCCUUCCUAAAUUAUUUCUCUUGUUUUAUAAUGAGGAUCAGUGGUGCCUUUAUGCUUACAUGCACACCGACAAAUGAACUUGACUAGCUGAGCUAAUCAACUGGCGUUGUGAUUUGCUCAUUCAUUGGAAACGUAUAAAGCAUUACGCUGAAACCAUACAAAUCACAUUAGGACAGUAUGAUGUGUGAAUACAGCCAUUAUGGUUUGUGAACCCAGUUUAUGGCAGGCCUGCAAAUUUGUAGAAAAGAAAGGACCACAUUGAUAAAUUAAAAAUAAUUGCAGGCUGAAGAGGAAUACCUGAUGCAUCAAUCAGCUAGUGGAGUGGCAGCGGUGCUGGAGCUGGCGGCAUCAGUGAAGCCUGGAGACAUUGGCAGUGUGUCUUUUGGGGCACCCGCAGCAGAUCCUUCCUGGAGGCAGUGAUGUUUGGCAGCAGUGAAUUUACUGACCACCUAAAAAAUGGUAGUGGGCCUACAAGACUGCUUGGCAGACCACAUGUGGCCCACGGGCUGUAUGUUGUGCGGGCCUGGUGUAUGGUUUACUAUUACCUGUGGUUCAUUCCAGUGUGGCUUGUAAAGCAAAAUGUGAAUUAAUAUAAUGUGUGAGCCAAGCCUAUAUUAUGCAUAUACGAAAUUUUCCCUUUUUGCUUUCCUUGUUUUGCAGCAGGCUUCCUAAUCAAUUGGCUUUCCUGCAGAAGUUGGAGUAGAUCAGUGUUUCUCAACCUCAGCAACUCUAAGAUGUGUGGACCAACUUCCAGAAUUCUCCAGCCAGCAUGCUGGCUGGAGAAUUCUGGGAGUUGAAGUCCACACAUCUUAAAGCUGCUGAGGUCGAGAAACACUGGACUAGAUUAUUCUUGAGGUCCCUUCCAAGCCUACAGUUUUAUGACUCUAUGAAUCAAUCGUUUGUGCGUUUGAGAAUGGAGAGGGAGAAACGUAUGUGCUCAGUAGGGUCCCUUCUUGAUUGGUUUUGAGGUGAUAUUUUUUCAACACUUUAUCCAUGAAUUUUCAUGCCUGGUGGCAUCUUCUUUUCCCUCCUUCCAUUACUAAUAGAUGUUGCAUCACCUGGCGUGCAGUCCUCACCCAAAGAAAUUGUUUAUAGUAAAUUUGUAGAUAAAGAGUCGAGGAGUGGAUUCCUUGGGUUAAAAGCAAGAAUGCAAAAGGCAUGGCACUGGGGAAUGCCCAGGUUAGAGUUAGGGCUAGCUCCCCCACCUUCCCCCACUGUUGCAUUUCCCACUACCACCCUCUUCCCACAACAGCCUCUGCAGUGUUUCCUCCUGCUUCUCCUACCCUCCACUUCUCCCUACCCUUUCUAACCAUUCUGUACUCCCUCCCCCAAACCUUUCCCAAUCUUUUCCAACCCAUUCAGUCAUUAAGACUGAAGGAGUUUUUUUGUAAAUGGAAGGGACCAGCAAGCCAGGUGGCUUGCUCCCCAAAUAGCUUUUUUUCUUUAAUAGAGGGGCCAUGGCACAGUAGAAAGUCUCAUUUUAUUUUGAAAUCAGUGGAAGAAACAGGAAGCUGCUUCUGUCUUUUCCAAAAAAAUGCAUUACAACUUGCAGAAUGUUUAUUGUCUUCAGUGUCAUACCUCCUCCUACUGAUAGGUAACGGAGCUGCAAACACACACAUACACAACUAAAUAAAAAAUAAAAUGGCCCCACUCACUUUGAUCCCAGCCUUGUCCAUUUUUGG